AUGGAUCAAAGGCUCAUUGGGAUUCUUAGAGACAGAGAUGAAGAUGAUGUCAAUGUGAUUGAGCCAUACUUUGAAAUUCCAGAAUGCAUAGAGAUUGGUUAUUACGGAAAAGCUGCUGUAGAGCCUCUUCUAUGUUUGGUUCCCAGUGUGCAAAUACCUGCUAAAUUCAAGGUCCCAGACUUUGAGAAGUACAAAGGUAGUUCUUGUCCACAAAGUCAUCUCGUGAUGUACGCCAGAAAGAUGUCUACUUAUGCAGAUAAUCAUCAGUUGCUUAUCCAUUACUUUCAAGACAGUUUGACUGGUGCCGCACUGAAGUGGUACACAGGCUUGGAUAGCACUAAUAUUCGGACUUUCAAUGACCUAGGUGAGGCCUUUGUCCGACAAUACAAAUAUAACUCGGAUAUGGCUCCAGACAGAGAUCAGCUUCGGUCCAUGGCUCAGAAAGACCAUGAAGCUUUCAAAGAGUAUGCCCAACGAUGGAGAGAAACUGCUGCUCAGAUUAAUCCACCGUUAAAAGAGAAAGAGAUGACAAAGAUCUUCUUGAAUACUCUCAGUCCAUUUUAUUAUGAACGCAUGAUUGCUAGUGCUCCAAGUGAUUUCACCGAAAUGGUAAACAUGGGGAUGCGUCUAGAAGAAGGAGUCCGAACCGGACGUCUGACUAAAGAAGGUGGAUCUUCAAGCGGAACCAAAAAGUUCGGAAGUGGUUUCCCAAAGAAGAAAGAACAAAGUGUUGACAUGGUAUACAAGAUUGUGGAUCAGCUUAUGCAGACUCCUUCAAAAAUCUCAAUACUUUCAUUACUGUUGAAUUCAGAAGCCCACAGAGAAGCCCUGAUGAAGGUCUUAGAUCAAGCUUUUGUGGAUCAUGAUGUGACUGUUGAUCACUUUGAUGGGAUAAUAGCUAACAUAACAGCUUGCAACAAUUUAAGCUUCUGUGAUGAAGAACUCCCCGAGGAGGGUAAAAAUCACAAUCUUGCUUUGCACAUUUCUAUGAACUGUCAGUCAGACUCUUUGUCCAAUGUGUUAGUAGACACCGGAUCUUCCUUGAAUGUUAUGCCAAAGACGACUUUUGCUCGCUUGUCUUACCAAGGAAUGCCUAUGAAGUUCAGUGGUGUAGUUGUCAAAGCAUUUGAUGGAUCGCGAAAAUCGGUUAUUGGCGAAGUCAACCUUCCCAUGACAAUUGGUCCACAUACAUUCCAAAUCACCUUCCAGGUCAUGGACAUACAAGCUGCUUAUAGCUGUCUGUUAGGACGACCAUGGAUUCAUGAAGCAGGGGCAGUAACUUCUACGCUCCAUCAAAAGUUAAAGUUUGUAACAAAUGGAAAAUUGGUAACAAUAAGUGGAGAACAAGCCUUGAUGGUGAGCCAUUUAUCCAAUUUCUCUUUCAUCGGUGCUGAUGAUGUGGAAGGAACUCCGUUCCAAGGUCUCUCUUUAGAAGACGAAUCUUCCAAGAAGAAAGCAUCAAUCUCUUCUUACAAAGAGGCAGUAAAAGUAGUGAAAGAUGGAACUACCACUGGCUGGGGGCAAGUUGUGAUCCCUACCAAAAAUGAAACCAGAGCAGGUCUCGGAUGU